UCAACCCGGUCGGUGCCCGGGAGUUCGGCAUGGCGAUCCCCGCGGCGUCCAUGGGGCCCUCGGCGCUGGGCCAGAGCGGUCCUGGCUCGAUGGCUCCCUGGUGCUCAGUGACCAGCGGCCCGACGCGCUACGUGCUCGGGAUGCAGGAGCUGUUCCGCGGCCACAGCAAGACGCGCGAGUUUCCGGCGCACAGCGCCAAGGUGCACUCGGUGGCCUGGAGCUGCGACGGGCGUCGCCUGGCCUCGGGGUCCUUCGACAAGACGGCCAGCGUCUUCCUGCUGGAGAAGGACCGGUUGGUCAAAGAGAACAAUUAUCGGGGACAUGGGGAUAGUGUGGACCAGCUCUGUUGGCAUCCAAGUAAUCCUGAUCUCUUUGUUACUGCAUCUGGAGACAAAACCAUUCGCAUCUGGGAUGUGAGGACUACAAAAUGCAUUGCCACUGUGAACACUAAAGGGGAGAACAUCAAUAUCUGCUGGAGUCCCGAUGGACAGACCAUUGCUGUAGGCAACAAGGAUGAUGUGGUGACGUUCAUUGAUGCCAAGACACAUCGUUCCAAAGCGGAGGAGCAGUUCAAGUUUGAGGUCAAUGAAAUCUCCUGGAACAAUGACAAUAACAUGUUCUUCCUGACAAAUGGCAAUGGUUGUAUCAACAUACUCAGCUACCCAGAGCUGAAGCCUGUGCAGUCUAUCAACGCCCAUCCAUCCAACUGCAUCUGUAUCAAGUUUGACCCCAUGGGGAAGUAUUUUGCUACAGGAAGCGCAGAUGCUUUGGUCAGCCUCUGGGAUGUAGAUGAGUUAGUGUGUGUUCGGUGCUUUUCCAGGCUGGAUUGGCCUGUGAGGACCCUCAGUUUUAGCCAUGAUGGGAAAAUGCUGGCGUCGGCAUCGGAAGAUCAUUUCAUCGACAUUGCUGAAGUAGAGACAGCAACAAAACAGAACUUGAAAAUAGAAAAAUGAGAGGUGAGUAUUCAUUUUACAAAAGAAUUUCUCCAGAUUUAUUUUUUAACGUAGCUUUAUUGUUUUUGGAAAUACAUGAUACUUUAUUAAAAGAAUUCAAACUAUAUAGAAAACUUCAAAGAAAGUAAAAAGCUUGACAUUCCACGAUUUAAAGAGUGCCACUCUUGAUAGCAUUUUGGUGAGCAUUGUCCAGCCAUCCAGACAUGCAGCUCCUUCAUGUCCCCUCGUGUUCAUGUGAUGGAGGAAUGCUCUCCUGCUGCUCCGGGGCCCUCCCUCCUCACCUGUAGGAUCUUACAGCUUUUACAUGGCGGUGGCUGUUGAGCUCUACUGCUGUUUUUAAUGGGAUUUAGAAUUCCAUUGGUUAUACCAGUAUAUACCUAAGCUACCCCACUCUUAGAUGGCUUCUGGUCUUUACACCAUUAUAAAUGAUUCUUUGAUGAGUACCAUUUUACUUAUGUAGUCAUCCUUUUGGGUAAACCAUUGAAUUGGGAUUGCUGAGUCCAAACUGCUCACAUCUUGUCAGGAACCAAACUUCCUUACAGAAGGGUUAUUGCAGUGUUUACUCUCAGCAGCGACGCAUGCAUGGAAUUAAAGGCCGAAAGGGAAAUGGAAGGGGAGUAGCAGCCUCCGACACCAUUUUUUAUGUCUGUGUAACACAGAAAUUUGCUCAGACAUGUGGCUACAGAUUGCCAGAUCCUAGCAUUAUGAAGAGCAGUUAACUGUCCCUGAAAUAGAUUACUUAAAGAAAAGAAACAACUAUAUACAAAGCAGAAACAGACUCACGGACAUAGAAAACAAACUUAUGGUUUGCUAAAGGGGAAAGGGAGUCGGGGGAGGGAUAAAUUAGGAGUAUGGGAUUAACAGAUACAAAAUACUCUAUGUAAAAUAAAUAAGCAACAUGGAUUCACUGUGUACUGCAGGGAACUAUAUUCAAUACCUUGUAAUAACUUGUAAUGGAAAGUGAUCUGACAAAAAAAGAAACAAAACAAAACAAAACUAAAUCACUUUGCUGUACAUGCUCUACACCUGAAACUAACACAGUAUUGUAAAUCAACUAUACUUCAAUAAAAAAAUC